AGUGGUAAGUUCGCCUUUUGUUCCUUCAUCGCUCGAACUCAUCUUCCACCCACCUCUGCAGACGAAACCUCCAUCCAUCAACCAACACAAUGAGCAGCCACCACGAGAAAGCCCCCCAGAAGAAGGGUUCUACUCAGCCUCACAAGCACCACGAGCAUCAUGAGACAGGGUAUACGGAUGAAGCGGCUGUCGAGUGUCACGAUUUGAUUGAUCGUGCCGAGGAAGAGGCCCACCUCCACGAGCCCGGAUCCAUGUACGAGCCAACAACUCACCCCGAGAAGGUCCACCUGGCGAAUACUAGCUCUUCGGGAAAGAAGAGCUCCUCGUCAAGCAUGCCGUCCUCGGGCAGCAAAACGAAGAAGUCCGGUUUGGAAGGAUCCAGCAGCAGCACAAAGGAGAGCAUGAAAGAAGGCAUGGGGUCGAUGAAGGAGAGCAUGAAGGAGGGUAUGGGCUCCAUGAAGGAUACCAUGAAGGAUGCUAUGGGCAAGAAGAAAUAGAUUGGGCACAUUCCAUUCACACGGGAACUUGCGGAGGUUUGGACAUGGUCAGAGUGAAUUACCCAAUGCCAAUCGAAUCUAUUCCCUCUUGCUGUUAUCAAUUUAUGAAGACACUUGUCAUACCUGCUCACGUAA